GAAGAAUCUCAAUUCAGUCUCGGUUUCUAUUCCAUCAGUCAUGGAUUUUUGCAAUUUUCCCCCUGAUUAUAAUUAUUUGAGUGUUGGAACUUCAGGAAAUUGUCAAGAAUUUCGUGUAAAAGAGAUAGUUGAUGAGAUUUCAGCAAAGGUUUGGCUUAAGUCCUACAGUUACCAGAGCAAAACCACGUGGCGCAAAGCAAAGACUUAUCCCAAAAGUGGGAAAAACAAUUUAUUCAAAGAAGAUUAUAAAUGUGUUCAUUGCACUGAUACAAGAUCAAAAGGAACAAGGAAGUCGAAGAACACAAAUUGCCCAAUAAAAUUGCAAAUCAAGGUAGAGAGAUAUGUCGAAAAGUCUACUAGCGCCAAGAAGGAUAAUACUCUAAUUAAAGAGUGGCCAACCUUAAUUACAAUUAGAGAUGACCACAAUCACACUGUAGGAAGUGCAGAAGAACUUAAAUACAGAGACUUAUCAGAGGAAACUAAAUUCAAAUUGUGCGAAUUAUUUAGAAUGGGCUAUGAACCAGCAGAAGCAUUACAUGUUCUGAAAACAAAUUUGCUUCUAGAACAUGGGGAUGAAUAUUAUGAAAAGGCAGUUGACAAUUUCUACGUACCAACAUACAAAGCGGUUCACAGACUCUUUGAAAGGGAAUUUCAUCAGGAGUAUGGGAAUUUUACUGAUGAAAAAACGUUCAAGUUUUUAGAAAAUCAAUUGAACAUUUACAGUGCAGAAUCCAGUGGAAAAGCCCCUUCUCAUCAGGUAGAGGAUUCCUGUGAUGUUCCUGUCAUCGAAGAUAGUAUAAGCGAAGAAAAUAUUUUUCUAUCUGACAGUUCAGCCAUACAAAGUAUCGACAUAGCUACCACCCCACAUUUAACUGAAACAGAGGAAGACGACUUCAAUGACUUAUUGAAUAGAAUGAAGGCAGGGAUCCGUGAAAACCUAUUUGCCUUUGUUCCAGCUGUUAAAAAAAUGAUUUCAAAUGCAAAGACAUUCGCAAAAACUGAAAGUGGGCUCCUAUCUGCAAUGCAUACUUUUGGAAUAUAUUCUGGACUGCAAUCACAAUCAAAGCUGCACAAAGUUUAGUUAGAAGGAGCCAUAAAACCAUGAGUAGUGUACAACCAACGGCAAUAGGUCGUAGAAAAUUAUGGCCCUACCAGG